UAUAUUAACGCCGAUGUUGGGUAAUGAUGAGCACAGUCAAUCAUGGCACGUUACCAAGUGAGCAUCGGUCUUUUGGUCCUUCUCGUUCUAUCCGCGAACGCCGAACCUCUUCGCGUUCGUCGUCAUGUUGGCGGCAGCUCGAGCUCUUCUUCAUCAUCGAGCAGCUCUGGUGGACUCGAUGGUAAAACCCACACUAAGACCAAUACCCACGUUGAGGGAGCUGGCACCGCUGAUGCUGGUGCAUCUGCCAAGAACGACGGAAUUAUCUUUGAUCAGGGUUUCGGUAAUGGUGGAUACGGACAGGGUGGAUUCGGACAGGGUGGUCAUGGACAGAGUGGUUACGGACAGGGUGGAUUCGGACACGGGGGUCAUGGACAGAGUGGUUAUGGACAGGGUGGCCAUGGACAAAGUGGUUACGGACAGGGUGGCUACGGACAAGGUGGAGGACACGGUCAAUUCGGUGGCGUCGUUGAUCCUGGAUUCGCACCCCCCUAUGGAAUACUUGGUACUGGUGGUAGUGGUGCUGGAGCUGGAGCUGGUGCCAGUGCCAACGCGAACGCCAACGCUAAUGCCAAGGCUGGAGCCAACGCUGGUGCAACAGGUCUAGGUAGUGGACUCGGUCACCAAGGUGGUCACCAGGGUGGUUUGCAAACUGGUGGAUUCGGACAACAGGGUGGCUUCCAGACUGGUGGAUUCGGACAACAGGGUGGUUAUCAAACUGGUGGACAUGGACAUGGACAUCAGGGUGGAUACCAGACUGGUGGACAUGGCCAACAGAGUGGUUAUCAGACUGGUGGACUCGGACAGGGUGGUUACCAAGCCGGUGGACUCGGACAAGGUGGUUACCAAACCGGUGGGCACGGACAGGGUGGUUACCAAAGUGGUGGAUUCGGACAACAAGGUGGAUACCAGACUGGUGGAUAUGGACAUGGUCAACAGGGCGGUUACCAAACGGGUGGAUAUGGACAUGGUCAACAGGGCGGUUACCAGACUGGUGGAUACGGACGUGGAGGUGCCGGUAACGCCAAUGCCAACGCCAACGCCAAUGCCAACGCUAAUGCCCUGGGCGGGGCUCAUGCCGGUGCCAAUGCAAACGCUAACGCCAAUGCUGGUGCCGGGGGUUUCGCAGGCGGUUUAGGUGCUGCCACUGCCAACGCCAAUGCCAACGCCAACGCAAAUGCCAACGGCUUCGGUGGCGGUGGAUUCGACAUCUUCAACCGUUUUAACGAUGAAGACUCGAAGAGCAGUACCGCCUCUUCAGGCACCAAACCCGCAUCAGCCAGCGCAAGUAUCUCCAAGGACGGAGAAGUUGACGGUGCCAAGGGUGUCUACAGCAGCAGCUCAUCCGCAGUAGAUUCGAGUGGCAAGGGCACGUAUCACGUAGAGGCCGGCAAGAUCAACUAGUGGAUCAGCGAUCUCCAAAUCAUUAAUUAAUUUUUAAACUCAACGAAGGAAUAUCAAAUUUCCAUUGAUCAAUAGUGAACUACACGAGAGGAAGAACUCAGGGAACGAGUGUAGUUUUACAUCAUCAUCAUCUUGAUGAGAUUAUUUAAGAUCCAAACGAUGAAAUCUUCGUAUUGUUCCGCAACGCUUGAACCAUCAAUCAUUUGUCAUUUUUUUCCACCUGAGAAAAUUCAUCUUCAGUCGUUUUUUUUUCUCAAGAGUUAUGUACUCAUUAACGUUAUUUGUGAUAAGUUCAUUGCAAGAUUAAUAAAUAGAUUUGUUUAUCACUAUUA